AUGGGGCGUCUUUUUGUUCCCACGGGCGAAGGACAACACCCCCUCGUCCCUCGAACCCCUGAGCCCCUUCCCGCACACUCUGUCCAUCUUAGUGUAUGUUGUUUACUAUCCGGUAUAUGGACAGCUGGGUGCUCCAUCUUCGGAAGGGCUCGACCAGGCACCUUCCUACGAACGUCGGCCUCUGUUACCGCCGGGUUCGUCCUCUGGGAUAUCACAAAAACCUAUUCAGCACGGCAACUCUUCCUUCCCGCACUGAAAAAUGCUGGCAUUGAGAAGCCGAAAGCGUGGAAAUUAUGGGAGAAUAAUGGCAAGUUUACAUUGGACGAUGCGGCUUUAGGGGGAGGUGUCCUCGGUCUCAUCUGUGCCUUGCGGCCAACUGCAUUCCCGGGGGUCAGGGGUUGGCAGCGCUUUUUAGGAGCAGCAUCUGUUGGCUGGGCUUUUGGCGGAACUAGUGCGGGAUAUUAUUUUCGUGCUAGCCAGCAUUUUCAGAUGGCCCUUGCAGUAACACAUUAUCAAGAGCUCCAGGAAGCAGUCACCCUGCAAGUCUUAGCCAAUGACGACAAGUUCGUAGCGUCACUUACGAAGGUAGGAAGAUGGUAUCUCAAGUACCUCACAUGGAACACCUCACAUAUGGGGCAUCAGCAGCACAGCCAACCACAGCAACUAGCAGGACCCUUCUGGCUGUUGACAUUUGAAGAUGGUGCUUCGCUGAUGGGAUGUGACCAUGACGGUCGAGCUCGAAGCUACCAAUGGAAUACCGAUAACAAUGCCCUUGACGCCCUCCAAGAUCGGAUCAGCGAGCUUAGAGCACUACGACAGCAGUAUGCGAUCGAGCUUGAGUAUGUCCAGCAAGUGCUAGCGAAAAAGGAAUACGACUUCUUUCAAAUGACCACUGAAGACUUUGCAAAAGACGUCCUUCGCCGGGAACUGCAACUCCUUAACGGCCUGUCAGAGACCCUCUUUCUCCAAAGAUCACUGUUCGAAUUCCAUAUCCAGGAUUCGGAGAAGUUAUACAACCAAAUACAGCAGAAGAAUAUGGGCUCCACUCAACCUUGGGUCCCGGCCCCAACACCCGAUCUCGAGCUCCCCGACGGCUGGCAGAACAGGCACAGUCCUCAUAUCUCGACCUUGACAAUUCGAAGGCAUUGGGAGCAAAAUAGACAGAUGGUGUCUGACGCGGAGCAAUCGGAAAGCGAUGGGCUUGUGCCUAUCCCAGAUGGAUCGCCAUCAGUGCAUGGUACUGCCCUAGAACAACAAAAGAAAAACGUUCUGGCGACGGAAAGGGUGUUAAAGGAAUUUGAAGAGCAGAUACAAAAGUCGGAUGAGCAGAAAGACUACUAA